UUUCCCAUAUCUUCCUCUAAGGCUCAGUUGCUUUGAAGUCUUGAACGGCGUUUUCCAAGCGCUAACAUUCUUCUUGAAACAUCACAAACAUGAAUGCAGUUAAGUCCCUAGCUGCUAUUGCUUUGCUUCUUGCAAUGUCAAUAACAGUGUCUGAUAGUAGGGUUCAAAGGAAGGACUUGGGUGUGGAUCUUGGCGGCAUAGGACUUGGGGUUGGAGCCGGUUUAGGUCUUGGUUUAGGUGGUGGCAGUGGUUCAGGGGCUGGAGCUGGUUCCGGUUCCGGUUCUGGUUCUGGGUCCAGUUCAAGCUCAAGUUCAGCUUCAUCCUCUUCCAGUUCAAGUUCUGGGUCUGGUGCGGGUUCUGAAGCAGGUUCAUAUGCUGGAUCUUACGCAGGAUCACGAGCAGGGUCAGGAUCCGGAGGGAAUCAGGGACGUGGAUCGGGUCGGGGCCAAGGCCGAGGCUCUGGCAAAGGAUCAGGCAGAGGGGGUGGGGGUGGGGGUGGCUCAGGCCAAGGAGAAGGGUAUGGUGGAGGGUAUGGUGAAGGCUAUGGGAGCGGCGACGGUGGCAACUGAAAAAUGCAUGUAGCUCGAGACGAAAAUGAGGGUGAACAGUAAUUAGAAUCACCACAUUGUGUAUUUUUUGACUUGAAAGAAAAAAAUAAUAAGUUGGUGGUUCGGCCUAAUAUUGUAUUUUCUUGAUGAACUCUUAGAUAUGAUGUUAUAAUAUGUUUCUAGUGCUUAA